AUGUCGUCCUCUAAGGUCCGUGUUGCAGUUACUCAGGCUGAGCCCGUUUGGCUCGACCUGGACGGCUCAGUGAAGAAGGUGUGCAAAUUGAUGAAGGAAGCCGCCGACAACAAGGCCCAGCUCAUCGCAUUCCCCGAAUGCUUCGUUCCAGGCUAUCCUUGCUGGAUCUGGAGUCGGCUGGUCGAUUUUGAGAUGAAUGUCAAAUACAUCAAGAACUCUCUUAAGCUGGAGUCUCCCGAGAUGGAGACGAUCAAGACCGCCGCCCGAGACAAUGGCAUUGCCGUGUCCUUGGGCUUCUCAGAGAACGACGAUGAUUCACUCUACAUUGCCCAGGUCCUGAUCGGGGCAGAUGGUGAAGUCAAGGUCCACCGUCGCAAGAUGAAGCCGACGCAUAUGGAGCGGACCAUCUUCGGCGACGCGUCAGGGCAGUGCUUGAAGGCCGUGGCGGCGCUUCCAUUCGCAAGAGUAGGCCAGCUUUCUUGCUGGGAGCACAUUCAGCCCCUUCUCAAGUUCAACACCAUCGCUCAGAAGGAGCAGAUUCACGUCAGUGCCUGGCCAAGUCUGACACCCCACAGUGGUGGCCCGGAUUUGUGGUCCAUGUCAGCUGAGGGGUGCCACACGCUUUCGCAGACCUAUGCGAUCGAGUCCACGGCUUUCGUCCUGCACAGCACGGCAAUGAUCACCGACAAAGGUACCGAAAUUCAGGGCACCCAAGGCGGCGCCUUGAUGUCGAGUGCUGGAGGAGGUACUUCAGCCAUCUUCGGCCCCGAUGGAAGAAGGCUCACGGAGCCAUUGGAUGACAAGACAGAGGGUAUCCUCUAUGCUGAUCUCGACCUUGAUGAGAUCACACGCAUCAAGAUGUUUGCCCACUGCACCGGCCACUAUAGCAGACCCGACCUUUUGUGGCUCAGCACGGAUCGAGAUGUAAAGAGUACCGUCAGGGCCGCCAAGGAGUCUGUGGACGAGCUGUCAUCAGAGCUGCAGGCUUUGUAG